UCAUGUCCUGCUUUGCAUGGAUUAUUUAUAGCUGGUUUGAGCGUGUUCAGGGAGGGAUGUAGUCUGUGAUUUAUAAGGGGAAAUUGUUUGGAGGUGUGCAUGCAUGGUUUUAUACGUUUUUAUAAGUCACAGCACAGAUUCCACACGAACUUAAAGGCAAGGUUGCUUGAACCCAGCAGGAGGCGGGAAUGAGCCAACCGCCAUAAAACUAGACAAGAGGAAGAAGAAGAGCGAGAGAGAGGGAGAGAGAGGGAGAGAGAGGGAGCGACAGCGGGGGAGGCAACCUCUCCUGAAUGGCUGGUAAUCUCUGACGUGUUGUUCCGGUUUCCGGUCAAUUAAAGCCUGUUUUCGUGCAGAAACGGAUUAAUGGAACCUCUCAGGUGAGAAGAAGACGAUGGUCCAGUGAGGAAACAUCAGAGAAGCUGCGGAUGAACGCAGUGACCGAGCUGGGCAGGACAUACAUGUGGGAAGGAAGAUGAAGGUUCAGUCUUCAUCAUCAGACAGUCGGAUGAAUUCAGCUGGAGAUGUUUGGAUGUUGCGUGAAUAGGCAUCGUCUUCCUCACUGAGAAACAGCUGAUUUCAUACAGUUGGUGUUAUCAGGUUCAGAGCCAGAUCCCAGGUUGAUCAUUCAGACCAGAUAACACUUUCUACAUCUGGGAUGGAUCAGAACAACGCAGAGGCCACCAAGGAUCCGGGAGAAGAACCUAGAGAUGAGAAGAACCAGGAGUCCAUGUGUCCAGAACAGCAGCAGAUGAAAUGCAGUUCCUGCCUGGUUACGGAUGAGCUGAGCACAAACGACUUCCACCCCUCAGGAAACUGGUCUCAGAGGUCCAUCUGCCGGUCCCUGCAGCGUGCUGAGAGUUUACUGAGGAACACCUUCAACCCUAGUCUGAAGUGGCUGUUCCACCACAGCCAGGAUGAAGAAGAGGAGAACUUCGUGGUGGCCCAUAACCUCGUGUCCCGAUCCUCUGCCCGUCUGCAGCGUUUGCAGCAGUCUCUGCUGGCCGUGGCCUUCCAGUGGCAGCUGCUGGGUGGGGCAUCAACAGGGUCUCCCCAGGUGUGUGUUAAGGGCCUUCCAGCUGACGGUGUUGUUCUCGUCCUGCCUGCCUCCCCGUUCUUUCAGAGGCAGUAUGGAGCUCUGUGGCAGCUUCUGGAGCAGCGAUCCCUGCUUCUCUUUGUGCAUGAAUAUUCCCGGAGGGUCCGUCUGACAGCAGCUUGUGUGUCCAGAGUGAAACAGCAGCUGAGGACAUUAGCGUGUUCACAGCAUGAGGCUCUCUCCAGCUGGCCUUUUUCCGGACUCAGUUUCAGUUCUCUGUGUCAGGAAGUCCGGGUCCAUCUCAGCCACUGUUGGUGUCUGCUGUCCAGAGUCCAUUCGGAUCAGUACCUGAGACGAGCUGUUGUCCAGCAGACAGGGCUGUUGAGGGAAAUGCAGCAAACUCUGGGCAUGCUCAGUCUGCAGCUUCUGGUUCUGGUGGAGCAGUAUGUGUUUGCUGUUCUGUCUGCUGUUGGCCGGGCUGAACCGGACUCUGUACCAAGAGAAGUCCUGGAGGAUGUUGUUGUGGGUUUGGACCUGUACAACCAGGCAGUGGAGGAGCACCGAGUGCAGUACAGUGCCUCCCAGCAGAGGAUGGUGGUACUGCAGCAAACCCAGUAUUCCUCUGUUUUCAGUAGUUUUCUGAAGGUGAAAACAUAUGAGCCGUCUGUGGUCUCAGUAAAAGUGCUCAUGGCCAUCCUGGCUGGGCAUCAUGCAGACAUGGCAGUCGAACAGCUAAGCCAUCAUGUCUGUCUGGUCUCAUCUGGCCAUGAAGCCUGCUCUGAGGACUUCUGUAGUAUCUCCAGACUGAGAUAUGAGUGGACCUGGGAUCAGCUACAGCACACCUUCCUAACUUCACUUCCUGUCCCCGUCAAUAACACAGCAUCAUUCCAUAUUUCUCCUCCUGUUUACAUCCCUGACCAACAUUUUAACACUAUUAGUCUGAAAAACCAUCAGCGCACCUUGAGUUUCAAUAAAGACAAAAUCAGCAAGUGCCAAACAUGCCACUCCCAGUCUGGUCAGACCAGCAUGGACAUGUUGGACUCAGUCCAGCCUUGUGUGGAACGAAGACGGAGUUCAGAAAACCUGCUGCAGACCACCUCCACUUCCUCCACCUUCCAUCAUAUCUCAGCUCUACCUCUGCCACAAGCUAGUCAGUUGGAUCACUCUUCAGCAGAACUUUUACUUCAGCUGCUGGUUUCCUCCAAAGACCUGCUGGCAUCUCUGGUAUCUCAGAAAUCCACAAAAGAAGAACCAGCUGAACCAGUGCCCCCAGCUGCAGUACCAGUGAACAAAUGUCAAAACAUGGAAGUAUGUGAGCAGGAUGGAUCAGAACCUGAUCCAAGGACAAGGCUGGAUGAUGGUGACAGCUCUAGUUUUCCGGUGGUCUCAAUGGAUAGAGACAGAACCAGGCCAGUGCCCAUGGAGCGAGAUGAGGUUCGUUGGCCUCACUCUGUGCAGUGGUUGGACAUUGGGCAAUCACUGCUCCUUGCUGAUCUGAUUGGACAGUACCGGAGUUGGCUGUGGAUCCUCUGCAGCAAAGCCGUUUGGCUGAAACUGCAUAUUCCAAGAGCAGGAAACCCUGCAGGCAGCAUCAACCUGCAGGACAUCCACAGUAGCUUCCACAUCCUGAACAGGAUCACUCAGACUUUUGAAACAGGUCUGUACUCAAAGGAGUGUAAAGCCAUGCUGGAAGAUCUCAGCCUGCAUCUCUUGGUCUUCUCUGCACAUGCUCACUGGGACUCCGUGAUGUGCAGAUGUUUAGGUUCAACUCUGAAAGACAAGUGUCUCAGAAAUGAAGGCAGCAACUCCCCGACGUGUCAGAGAGACAGGAGUGUACUAACGUCUCAGACUAUGGAGUACUUUCUACUGUUGCCUCCUCCUCUGCUGUCGUCUCUCUGCUGCCAUCUCUCAACCAAACAGACCUCAGAUUCUCUUGUCCUCCCCCUGCCCAGAUCUGCACUACAAAGACAGACCGUUAGCUUGGUGUUGGCUUCAGUGCAGCUAUCUACGGUGUGGGUCAUGUCCAAGGCGUACCAGUCCCUCUCUUCAUGGAGUCUCAGUAAAUUCCUGCUCGUCACACAGGGAGACCUCCAAAAGCUGAAGGAGUCAUUAGACGUGCUGAUGCAUCAAAUCAAAGCUCUGCUGAUGGCUUUGGACUCUGACCAUCAUUCCAGUGUCCAAAUUCACAACCAGCAUCUCCUGAAGCAGCAGCUUGAAGUUCUGGACUGUUCUGUAUCUGAGCUGCAGAACUUUUCCUCUCUGGUCCUGAAGACCUUUUCUGUGGACUGUAAGCGGAUGUCGGGGGAAAUCUUUGCACAUACGAUGCCCUCAGCUGUACACUGGAGAUCCAACCACAGGACAGGUUUUCCCAACAGUCCUAGCACCUAUGCAUGUCAGGCAGCUCAGACUGUGAUUGGUCAGGUUUUAGAGGGAGUGGCUCUGUUAUCUGAUGAUGCUCGAGUUCAAGCUCUGAGUGUUACCAUGACAGCAUUCAUGGAGGCAUGGAUGGAGCACAUCCUGAAACAAAAGAUCAAAUUCAGCGUGCACGGAGCUCUGCAGCUGAAACAGGACUUUGACUCUAUCAGAGAGAUGAUCCAAUCGGACCGAUACGGACUUCCAGCCGAGCUUCAUCAGCACCUCCUCAGUCUCAGAGUUUUUCAGCAGGUGGACUCGGCAGUGAUGUGUCUGCUGCAGCAGCCACCGGGCAAACCUUACCUGCAGUGUUCCACCUGGGAGACGUUUACACACUGCUGUCCAAUCAACAGGACCAGGAGCAGCAUAGAUGCUGCAGGGCAUGGUAACAUCAGUAACCUGGGCUGUAUGGAGGGGGAAGAACCAACUCAGUCUCAUCCUUCAGUUGUGAGCAUGGACCUUCCUCCAGUUGACCGGUCCACCACUACAGAACCCUACCUGGCUCCAAGUCUAGCGUUGGGUCCGGCUCAGCAGGAAUGGCUGGACCUAAGAAUCCAGAGUGGUCCCCGUCGCUGGAGGCUGCUGUCUCUGCAGUGUCUCUCCAAGGCUGAACCCUGAACAGACGCUCGGUUCCUGCCGUUUAUUUUGAACAAACAAAAAAAGCCAUGGAACACAUUUCUAUUGUUCAGAAAUUGUUGUACCACAAGGAUGUUUUUUAAUUUAUGA